GAUUAGUCCUCAUUAAACGUAACCACAAACCUGUGAGUUUGGGGCGAUAAGGGUUAACUAAGCGUUUAGAAAGGCCCUGCUGGCUCAUAGAAAUCCUCUCUGUCAGGAUUCGGGGAGCCGGUGGCCUCCGCUCCAAUGUCUCCAGCAGUAAUGAACCCCGCAUGGCCUUUUUUCCAGCAGCUCACAGAAACGCCGCAUUUACCGUAAAACACGGCAGCGGAGGAAGAAGGGGAGCAGCAGCUGGUCCCCCUCCCUCUGAGUUUAUUCUCCUCAGCGCUUUGUCCUCCGGUACCGACAUGCAAACAUGUCCGCGAAAAUAACCAGCGCCGUGAACCGUGAGCGGAGCGGCUCUGCGCUGUUACCGGUGAUAAAGUAGGAAGGUUGGCGCACGAUCCUGAGCUGAAGUCGCUCAUUUCCACAGACUCAGGAUGAAGAAACCCAAAGGGAUCCGGAUCCUUUCUGCCCUGUGUCUGGGAUGUUUCAUUAUGGUCAUCUUCUACUUUAACAGCAGCCUGAAGCCAGAACCACUGGGGGAGCAAAGCGGUGGGCAGAAAACCAGGAGGAGCCCCCUACAGGCACUCUAUGAGGGGGACCAGGUUGAGUCUCCAGUUCAGGCUAUCCAUCAGGGUCGCCGGGAGCUGUUGGAAGAGGCCUGUCGCUCCUACACCCGGAAACGCAGAGUCCUCAUCCCUGAAGAUCUGAAGCACAUUAUCGUGGACGACAAGCACGGCUUGCUGUACUGCUACGUGCCCAAAGUGGCCUGCACCAACUGGAAGAGAGUGCUCAUGGUUCUAACAGGAGUCUCAGGAGACCACAAAGACCCGCUAGCCAUCCCUGCCAACGAGGCGCACGUCCCGGGAAACCUCCGCACUCUGUCAGAAUACUCCAACUCCCAGAUCAACCAGCGCCUGCGCUCCUACCUGAAGUUCAUUUUUGUGCGCGAGCCAUUCGAGAGGCUGGUCUCUGCUUAUCGCAACAAGUUCACAAGGAGCUACAACACCGCUUUCCAUAAACGAUACGGAACAAAGAUAGUGCGCCGGCAUAGGGCAGACCCUCAGCCAGAAGCCCUGGAGAAGGGCAAUGAUGUCUCUUUCGAGGAGUUUGUCUAUUAUCUUGUGGAUCCUGCAACCCAGCGAGAAGAGCCUUUCAACGAGCACUGGGAGCGGGUCCACUCACUGUGCCACCCCUGCCUCAUUCACUACGACGUGGUGGGGAAAUAUGAGACGCUGGAGCAGGACUCCCGCUACGUGCUGCAGUUGGCAGGGGUGGACAAGCAGAUCCGCUUCCCCGCCUCGUCCAAAAGCACCAGGACUACAGGAGACAUGGCGGCAAGUUUCUUUCAGAACAUCAGCCCCUUUUACCAGAAGAAGCUUUACAAUCUUUAUCGCAUGGACUUCCUGCUCUUCAACUACACUGUCCCAGCCUACCUCAAAUUCAGAUGAGGCUGGGACUUCAUUUGGCCGCAGGCUUCAGCUUUCUCUUUCUGCCACAGACUCUGUCCUUAAUGGAACGACAAAAACAUUAUAAAAUAAAAAAACACCUGUUUUCGGAUCCAAAAUAUCUGUUUUCAGAGUGAAAAACAUUUGUCGAGGACAUCCCAUCAUGAGAUCAGAGCUCUGUCCUUUGAGGCUAAGGAGAUUUAAAUGGAAACAUGGAGUCAGUGUUGGUCUGAAUGAGUUAAAUGCUGUUCAAACUUUUUAUUUGUAUUCAGUUGUUUUCUGCUGUUUUAAAUGUUAAUUUGCACAAAACAAAGAGCACAGGAGCUGGGCAAAUCGCAUCCAAAUGUGUGGACAGCGAAUGUCUCGAGACGUGCCUUUGGAUCGCAGGCCUUUCUUUGUCCCCUGGAAAAAGAGACAGCUUUUAUUUUCUAAAUGUGAUUCCUGAACCUGUCUUUUACUGUAGGAUAAGAUUUUUUUUGUGUAACUGUUAUUUCUAUUUAUUUUUAGCUCUAAAAAAAAAAAAGAAAAAAGAAAAAGACAAACCAAACUAGGUAUAAUUUCUUCCACGUCUUUCAAAUAAAU